AUGUCAGCUUUUUCCAACUUUCAGCAGCUCAGAGACAGCGUGGGAAGGUUGUUUGCCUUUGCAAAUCCUGAUAGCAUUCGCUUCACAGACAAAAACGGCGCACCCUUCGCAACCCUCGAUGAUGUACGAGCCUCAAAGAAUCCCGUUCAAGUUCAAGCAGCCCCUGGUCUCUCUGUCGGGCCACCUCCAGGACCCCGCGCGCUCCCUGUAGUCGGGAACCAUUAUGAGAUAUAUCCGGACCCCCUGGGGAACUAUGACAGACUUUUCGCCCGUUAUGGCCCAGUCAUCAAGACGACCAACAUGGGCACGACGACAUACAUUACCAACGACGCGGAAAUCUCCCGCCACGUCUUGCGCGAAGGCGACCUCUUCACCAAAACAACCUCGGACCCCUCACACCCCCUAUUCUACAUGAACGAGCAGACCGCCCUCUUCACUUGCGACAGCGCCUCGCCAGCCUUCCCGGCCGCCCACAAGUUCGUCCCCCCGGCCCUCUCCCCGCGCGCCGUCGCCCACUACACGCCCCUCAUCCAGGCCGCCGCCCGCCCCGUCUUUCAAGCGCUGGACCAAAUGUCCAACGGGAACCUCGCCUGCAACGUGUACCAGUACAUGUUCAAACUAGCCGGCCAGCUCGUGUUCCGCGUCAUGGUUGGCCAGGACCUGCGGCACUUCGAGGCCCUCGAUACGCCGCCGGCCCUCGGCAUCCGUCUCUUUGGCGAAUACUUGAAGCUCAUGAAAAAGACGUCCCUUCGCCCCAAGUGGCACGGAAAUCUCCCCUUUGGCGAACCGGCGCGACUCCGCCGUGUGCGGAACCUGCUCUUCGAGACCGUCGCCGGGGAGAUGGACGCUUCCGUCACGCCCGGCGGGGGACCGUUGCGCGUCGAUGAUCCGACGGCCCCGGCCCAGGCCACUUGCGUGGCCGACUUCCUCUCCCGAGCGAGGGACGCGAACGGCGACGGCCUGGCGCGGGAUAUCCUGCUCGGCAACGUCGUCGUCCUCCUUGGCGCCGGCUUCACUACCACCUCGUCCCUCCUCUCGUGGGCCGUCUACUCCCUGGUCAAGUACCCGGGGAACCAGCAGCGUCUCCUCCAGGAACUGGUCGACCGCGGGGCGGACGGCAAGAGGAGCUGGACCCACGACGAGCUGCACGGGAUGGAAUUCAUGGACCGGUUCGUCAAGGAGGUGCUCAGGCUGCAUAGCCCCAGUUUCCAGACGGCGCGCAAUGCGAAGACGGAUGUCGUGCUUCCGGGUGGGUAUCUGGUCCCUAAGGGGUCUAUCGUCAUCCCUUGCUUUCCUACCAUUCACAAGAACCCGGCGUACUGGGACAACCCUACCCGGUUUGACGCGGACCGCUGGGCUGCGCCGGGGGUCGCCGCCGAGGCUAAGAGAAAGGGGAUCUACUCGCCCUUUGCGGCUGGGGGGAGAGGAUGCGUGGGCUUCAACCUGGCUCUGUUGCAGGUAAAGAUGGUUCUGGCGGAGCUGGUCUACCGGUACAGGUUUGAGGACGCGUCUACGGAGGCUGUCAUCUACGAUCCGGAGUUUUUGGUUAUUCGUCCUUUGAACUUUUAUGCCAGUCCUAUUAGGAGGACUGAGUGGCCUUGUCCGAGCAAGAAGGCACACAGGGAUUAA